AUGUGUCUGUUUCUUGCAGCCGCUCUGAGCGUCCUUCCCAACAGAUCCCAGUUCUUUCAGUACGAGUCUGUUUCUCUGAGCUGUGGGCAGCAGGGAAACACUUCUGAGUGGAGCGUUAAGAGGAACAGAUCCAAAGACAGAAAUGAAGAGUGUCUCAAAUUCUGGGGAAGAAAAGAUGAAUCACACUGCUUCACAUUUGACCUUUACCCAUCAGACACUGGAGUGUACUGGUGUGAGUCUGCAGCAGGAGAGCGCAGUAAAGCCGUCAGCAUCACAGUGACCAGUGGCACUGUGAUCCUGGACAGUCCUGUCCUUCCUGUGAUGGAGGGAGACGAUGUGACUCUGAGCUGCAGAAACAAGAACAUCUCCAACCUCAUAGCUGAUUUCUAUAAAGAUGGGCGUCUCAUCGGGAGCAGCUCUACAGGAAACAUGACCAUCCACAGUGUCUCUAAAUCUGAUGAAGGACUCUACAAGUGCAAAUUCUCUGGAGCUGGAUCACCAGACAGCUGGCUGAUUGUCAGAGAGGCAGCAGCUCCUGUAACGUCUGCCUGCAGUCUGAUCCAUCAUGUAGUCGUAGCGAGUCUUUACCUGCUGUUCACCAUCGUCCUGGGACACAUAAUAGACAGAAGAAAGAACAAAAGAGCUGCAUUUGAAUGUAGCAUCAGCCCGUCUAAAGAGCUGUCCGUGGUGCUGAAACCCAGAAACCCCUGA